AUGCCUACGUAUCCCAUCCGACGCAGGCCACGCGAGUGCAAAACCUGUCUCCCUUGUCGCGCCAGCAAGGUCCGGUGCGAUCGCAAUGUUCCCUGUGGGAACUGCGUGAAGCGCAAUUUCGACUGCUCCUACGGUCGUCCUCCGCCCAAGCCGCCAUCGUCUCUUCUCCCCGAUCGCUCCAAUACCGCUGCAACUACACCUCAACAACCGUUAUAUUCCUCAUCCUCGUUUCCUACGUCUCCGUACGCUCCAUCGUUUCGGAAUCAGCCAGAUAAUCACGAUGUGUCUUACAAUUUCGACUCGGCGGCUGCUACCCUCGAUUCAGAAGGCCAAGACCCUCCGUCGGAUACCGUGACGAUUUCACAGGGGGAAUGGGAUGAUAUCAAUACCAAGAUGAGCGCGAUGGAACAUAUCCUGGCCAGUUUACAUUCGAUCUUCCAAACCCAUUCCGCACAGAAACCUCGCGAUCCUUUUCCGGAAGACAGCCCCAACAAAGAUCACACCCCCCAAUCUGAAGGCAUCUAUGAACCGAAUUCUUUGAAAACAGGGGCCGUCCACAUUGGUUCUCGGUCCGCUUUGGUCGAUAUCAUAGAUAAAUCCAAGGAUUCCGAGGAGACAGCGCAGGCGCUGCCCAAGGAUGAUAUUCUCGCAGAGCUGGCUCUGGGGAACGAGUCCGCUGCCUAUCCGUUUGUCGACCUUUGGUCGUCAGAUCCAUUUACUUUUAAUAUUGCAGGCGUAUGUGCUGUUCUUCCUGAUGAUGAAAAGUGUCACAAAUUUCUAGAUUUUUACAAAGAUAUCGGCGCAGUUCUGUAUCCUGUUCUGAGCGAUACCGACGGGUUAGAACAUAAUAUGAAACGGCUGCUGCGAGGCAGAGUACACGCGGGUGGUGUCUACCGGCCCGAUGCCAACGGGUUGGUGAAACCGUUUGGCAUGAGUCUAGGUUUUCUCAGUCUUCUCUUCGCCGUGUUGGCCUCUGGAUGUCAAUUGUCGAAUCUGACCAGUCGAGAACGCGAAUUGACCUCCUGGGUAUAUGUUUCGUGUUCCUACCAGUGUCUGCGUAUGAUGAACUAUGUUUCACAGCCCACGGUGGAAGUAAUCCAGAUUCUAUUAAUCAUCAGCAAUGUUUUAUCAUAUAAUAUGAAUGCAGGGUCCUCCUAUACCUUGCUCGGGAUGACCGAGAGAAUGUGUAUGGUUCUUGGUCUCCAUGUGGAAUCGUCUGGGUUUCCGCCAUUUCAUCAAGCGGUCCGGAGACGAGUUUGGUGGGCCAUGGCCUUUCAGAAUAGUCACUUCUCCCUCGCCUAUGACCGGCCAUCAAUCACCAUGGUCAGUCAGCCGGAAAUCCCCUUCGAUCCCAAGUCCAUGCCUGGAUAUCGAUCAUAUUUUGAGACGCUCUGUCGUAUCGUCUACCUUGCACUUGAAGUGAUGCGUGGGCGAAUGGCUUCGAAUCAUACUCAUUUGCGAUAUCAUGAGAUCCGUGAAUAUAAACAACGGAUGCAGCGAAUCCUGGCCGAAGCCACCCCCCAUCUGCGUUACCGAGAACGCUGCCUCACCCUUGCCGAACAUAUUGAAAGGAUGGAGCUCCGGUUGCAUUCAUCCUAUCUCCUCUCAGUCCUGUGUCGGGUAUCUUUAGAUCCAGAUUCGCAUCUAGACGACCAUCGACGGGCUAUCGUCCGUGACGACUGCAUCACCAAUCUGCUCAACACGAUCGAAGCAUUUGUCGAGUUGCACUCGAUAAAUCCCCAUUGUUCGCGCUCCUGGAUCAGCCUGCAGAGGACAAUUGCAUCCGCAUUCCUCCUAGUCACUAACGACGAUGGCCAACGUCGCCCGCUGACUUGGGAACUGAUCGGAAAACUGGAAACUGUUCUCUCGGAUCACGUAUAUGCCGACGGAGCCCUUGAUCAGAACUCCCGGACUGAUUCAGCCAAACACUUGGCUUCGUCACUUCGUGCUCUGCGAGAGGUCAGCGCUGCGUUUCACGCUAGCAGCAAACCAGGUCUGGAGGCCCUGAGUGCUGUUCCCAAACUCAGUCCGACCACGGUGUUACCCUCACCCGCAUCGAUGAAAACUAGUCCUGUGGCAACGGCUAUGGCAGGUCAAGUCCUACCGACCGACGAUUCGAGUAUGCGCAACAUGCUAGGCCAUGUAUCGGAAGUGAUGAUGUUUCCCAGCAUGGGCAUAGGCGAACAACAAUAA